AGUACCUGGGCGAGGUGGUGAGCGAGCAGGAGUUCAGGAGUCGUAUGAUUGAGCAGUAUCACACUCACAACGAUCACUACUGCCUGAACCUGCACAGCGGCAUGGUCAUCGACAGCUACCGCAUGGGCAACGAGGCCCGCUUCAUCAACCACAGCUGCGACCCCAACUGUGAGAUGCAGAAAUGGUCUGUGAACGGUGUGUAUCGGAUCGGUCUCUUUGCUCUGAAGGACAUGGACAGCGGCACUGAGCUCAGCUAUGAUUACAACUUCCACUCCUUCAACAUGGAGAAGCAGCAGAUCUGUCAGUGCGGGGCGGAGCUGUGUCGGGGGAUCAUCGGUGGGAAAAGCCAGCGAGUCAAUGGGCUACCUGGCAAGACCCCCCUAAAUGGGGGCGCUCAUCGCAAACCAGGACGAUUGAAAGAGAAACGCAAGAAUAAACACAGGCUGAAGAAACGGAGAGGACAGGUCCCGGUUGAUCCAUGCAGCGAGAGUGGAAAUGGCAGCAAGCCUUCCUCUUCUGCCGCCUCCUCCUCCUCCUCCUCCUCCUCCCAGCAGCUGAUGAAGCCGAUGUCGUCCCGCGAGAGGAAUUUCGUCCUGAAGCACCACGUGUUCCUGGUUCGGAACUGGGAGCGAAUCCGACAGAAACAGGAGGAGGUGAAACACGCACCGGACAGCCGGGGUCCAGAGAGCCAGUGCCUCUAUCCACGCUGGAGCAGCAUGAUCCAGGACAACGGCACCAUCAAAUCAGACGUGUUCCUGACUCAGUUCUCGGCGCUGCAGACCUCACGCUCCGUACGCACUCGUCGGCUCGCAGCAGCGCAAGAGAACACAGAGGUGGCGAGGACAGCCAGACUGGCCCAGAUCUUCAAAGAGAUCUGCGACAUGAUCACCUCCUACAAGGAUUCCACCAACCAGAUUCUCGCCACCCCACUACUCAGUCUGCCCUCCAGAAAGAAGAAUCGGGAUUACUAUGAGAAGAUCACAGAUCCACUGGAUCUCCUGACGAUCGAGAAGCAGAUCCUGACCGGAUUCUACAAGACAGUGGAGGCCUUCGACACAGACAUGCUGAAAGUGUUCAGAAACGCAGAGCGGUACUACGGUCGGAGGUCCCCGGCAGGCCGCGGCGUGUCUCGACUGCGGAAGGCGUAUUACAGCGCCCGCCAUGAGGCCGCCGUGCAGAUCGACGAGAUAGUGGGCGAGACGGGCAGCGAAGCGGACGGCAGCGAGGCCUCGCUCUGCGAGAAGGACCCCUCCUCCUCCUCCUCACACGACCGAGACGAUGAUGACAUCAUCCGCUGCAUCUGUGGAUUGUUCAAGGAUGAGGGGCUGAUGAUACAGUGCGAGAAGUGCAUGGUGUGGCAGCAUUGUGACUGUAUGGGGGUGAAUGCAGACGUUGGUCACUAUCUGUGUGAGCAGUGCGACCCUCGACCGGUCGACAAGGAGGUGCCCAUGAUCCCCCAGCCCAGCUACGCUCAGCCCGGCUUCGUUUACCACAUCUGCCUGCUGCGGGACAGGCUGCUGCUGCACCAGGGGGACUGCGUGUAUCUCAUGAGGGACAGCCGGCGCGCUCCCGACGGGCAGCCAGUCCGCCAGUCCUACCGACUCCUCUCACACCUCGACCGGGACAAACUGGACAUCUUCCGCAUCGAGAAACUGUGGAAGAACGAGAAGGGGGAGCGCUUUGCUUUUGGACACCAUUAUUUCCGCCCCCACGAGACGCACCACUCUCCGUCGCGGCGUUUCUACCACAACGAGCUGUUCCGCGUGCCACUCUACGAGAUCAUCCCUCUGGAGGCUGUGGUGGGGACCUGCUGCAUGCUCGACCUGUACACCUACUGCAAGGGCCGGCCCAAGGGAGUGAAGGAGCAGGACGUGUAUAUCUGUGAUUACCGGCUCGACAAGUCCGCUCACCUCUUCUACAAGAUCCACCGCAACCGCUACCCCGUCUGCACCAAGUCCUACGCAUUCAACCACUUCCCCAAGAGACUGGCGCCCAAGAGGGACUUCUCACCUCACUACGUUCCGGACAACUACAAGCGCAAUGGAGGAAGAUCAUCGUGGAAAAGCGAGAGACCCAAACUGGGGUGCAAGGAGACCGCGGGGGGAGCGUGUGAGGAGGAGCCCCCACCAGCGCUGGACGAGGUGGGGCCGGGGGGCGAGGCAAGGCCCAGGCCCGAGGAGACAGUGAUGGCCGGGGGUGAGGCAGAGACAGAGAGGGGGAGCGAAAGAGAGAGGGAGAGGGAGAGAGAGCGCCCUCCCAGACAGGAACAGCAGCUAGGAGCUGAGGAAGAGAAGGAGGAAGAGAGGGAGCGGCGGCCAGAGGAGGAGGAGGAGGAGGAGGAGGAAGGAGAGAGGGAGGCCCCCCUACUGGAGCUCGGACCCUCCAGUGAAAGGAGGGGAGCUCAGAGAGAGCGGCUGAACAAGAUACUGCUUCACCUGCUGGACAGGAUCCCAGGGAAGAAUGUGAUUGAUGUCACCUAUCUGCUGGAGGAAGGCUCGGCUCGGAAGCUGCGCAGGAGAACUCUGGGAAUAGGAGACGGAGCCAGCUACAGGAAGUGAGGUCACUGCGGGGGAGGGGGCGGAGCCAGCUACAGGAAGUGAGGUCACCGCAAAAGGGAGCGGGCCUGACAGGAACCCGAAGCGGCGGGCCGGGAAUCGGAACGAACGCGAGGGAACGAGAGGAGAAAACAAACAGAGAGAGAGAGAGAGAGAGAGAGAGAGAGAGACUCUCCAAGCCCGGGUUUGAAGCGUGGGCUACGGUCGCUGCCACCAGCCCACGCCCCCUUCUCUCUCUGUCACACGGGAAGGCGUGUGCGUGUGAUUUCUGUGACGGCGGACCUUUUAAAGCUGAUGUCACCAUUGUGUGAAGGUGCUGGAGACUGACAAACAGCCACCGAAACAAGCCUGCUUGUAAUAAUAAUGCCAGUGAUGCAGAGCUGGGAAUGAGACUCCCGGCGCAGAGCAGAGACGGGCCAGCUCUCUGUAGAGAGGAAUGUUGUUCAUACAAGGGAGAGCACGGCGCUUUAUCUAGUGAAACUCUCUCUGUGUUACAAUAAUGUUCAGAUUAUUAUUACCAGUGUUGAUAUUGAUGAUAUUAUUAUUAUUAUUAUUAUUAUUAUUAUUAUUAUUAUUAUUAUUAUUGUGGCUGCAGUUAUAAUUGUUACCUUCUCUGUUGUUAUUAUUUUAAACUUGUUUUUUUUGUAAAAAAUAUAUAUAUAUAAUUUGUUACAGCUACUGCAUAAUUUGAAAAAAUACUCACAGUCUACAAAGAUGAAUGCGUGUGUGUAUAUACAGACACACACACACAUUGUUUUAUAACUGAUACCUGCAAACCCAAGUGGGUUUUUUUGCAGAGAGAGAGAGAGAGAGUGAAGCGCUCUGAGAUUUCUGCAGAGGCGGGCGAUGGCGUUUCUCAGAGAGACGCGUCAAACACUAAACUGAAGGAAUUCAGCACAUGCUUUCAAACAGCAGGACAACCCAACGAAACGACUCCUAACACUAGUGUAGAGAAUGCAGUGCUGUUGGAAGAACUGGUAUUAUUUUAGACGAUCAAAUUUUAGGAUUAUUAUUAUUAUUAUUAUAUUUUGAUUUUCGAUUCUGAAAUGGUUUUUGUUUUUAUUUUAUUGUAUCGGUUGUGUGUUUUUGUUUGUUUUUAUUGUAUCAGUUGUGUGUUUGUUUUUAAUAAAGCCAGCCCAGCACUACCGUGGUUCUGAACUGCGA